GCCCCGGCCGCCCUCGGGAGGCUCCCCUCGCUCUCGGUGUGGGCUGGCCGCCGUGAGGCUCGCGCAGAGCGAUGUCCGCGGCCGGCGGACCGGCGUGCCCUGGCUGGCCGCGGCGGUGACACCCGGGUGGCCGGCGGCCCCAGGCGGAACCCGGGCUCGUCCGCGGGAGGAGAGCUGGCCCAGCGGGGAGAGAGGCCCUCACUGACGCGGCUGCUCUCUGACCUCUUGAUUGCGGGAGGUCCCACAGGCUGCACGAUCCCACACAGCCCUGCAGGAACUACUUACUGCUCGCCCGCAGUAUCUGCCUUCUCCGGGAUUAACCUCACCUCCACCCUGUAACCUCCGCCUGGGGUCCCAAAUUCCAACAAGGAAGUAAUUUUUUUAAAUGUUUUUAAGAAAAUUAUGUGACACCGCCUCCUGCCCACUUUUCUCCUUUUACCUGCCAAAUCCAUGAGGCAUAAGUUUGCAUCGCAUUGAACUAGAGUUUUCUGCUUGUCCAUUUUCAGUUGAUUAGCCCUGCUCCCUUCUGUCCUGCCCACCUUACUUUGCCUGCUUGUAAUUUCCAUAAGCAGUCACCUGCGCAUGUGCUAACAAUCCUCUCCUGGACUCCAAAUAGUCCACUGCUGCCCGGCAAAGACCUGCAGUGGCCUAGGGAGGUGAGGGUUUCCUUUAUUUUUUUGGUAUUAGGUUUGCACCUCUUCUCCCUGUCACAAACUGUUUAUUCCCUUCAUAUCCCCCCAGUACUCCUGUGUAAGUCAUAAUGCCUUUAGCCAAGAAGUUGACUUGCAGUGAUUGCAAAAACUGAGUCUGCAGUAACAUUCUUGCUUACAGCAUUGGUUCUGUCUGGGACCCCCAGUGAGAUCACAGUUCAUGGAUCUUAAACUAACCAUCUUAAACUUAAAAAGUGACCAAAAGUAACAGAAAAAGUUAAGGGGGCUUAGUCUUUGAUGUAGUGAUUGGAUAAAGUUUAAAACAGCAAGAAAAGAGAGAUUUUGUAGCCCUUGUCUGGGAUUCUGGCCAUUAUACUACUGAGGUGGGCCCGGGGCAGAUGAGGGCCUUUCUGACUGCCAGCUUCUCCCUGUUUGGACUCCCACGUUGUUCAUUGUCUCUUGCAGCAACCGCUCGCUACAAUGUUGGGGAAGCGGAAGCGCGUGGUGUUGACAAUCAGGGACAAGCUUGACAUCAUUAAGAAGCUGGAGGAGGGCAUCUCCUUCAAAAAGCUUUCUGUUGUGUAUGGAAUUGGGGAAUCUACGGUUCGUGACAUUAAAAAGAACAAAGAAAGGAUCAUAAACUACGCCAGCAGUUCAGAUCCUACGAGUGGGCUAUCGAAACGGAAAUCUAUGAAGUCCUCCACCUACGAGGAACUCGAUCGAGUUAUGAUAGAGUGGUUUAACCAACAAAAAACAGAUGGCAUUCCAGUGUCUGGAACGAUUUGUGCCAAACAGGCCAAGUUCUUUUUUGACGCUUUGGGGAUGGAAGGAGAUUUCAACGCAUCCUCUGGCUGGCUCACUCGGUUCAAGCAACGUCACGGUAUCCCAAAGGCUGCUGGUAAAGGAACCAAGUUAAAAGGCGAUGAAACGGCUGCCAGCGAAUUUUGUGGUAACUUUCAAGAAUUUGUUGAGAGAGAGAAUCUACAACCAGAACAAAUUUAUGGUGCAGAUCAGACUGGAUUAUUCUGGAAAUGUCUACCGUCGAGGACAUUAGCUCUCGACAUGGAGCAGAGUACUUCUGAGUAUAGGUCAAGCAGAGAGAGAAUCAUCAUUAUGUGCUGUGCAAACGCCACCGGUUUACACAAGCUAAACCUUUGUGUGGUGGGGAAAGCAAAAAAACCCCGUGCAUUCAAAGGAACUGACCUUGCUAACUUGCCGGUCACUUACUUCAGUCAAAAAGGGGCGUGGAUGGAACGAUCUGUCUUCAGACAGUGGUUUGACAAAUAUUUUGUGCCACAGGUACAGAAGCAUUUGAAAUCCAAGGGGCUUCUAGAAAAAGCAGUGCUGCUUUUAGAUUUCCCUCCAGCACACCCAGACGAAGAAAUGCUGAGUUCCGCUGAUGGCAGAAUCAUUGUCAAAUAUCUGCCGCCAAAUGUCACAAGUCUGAUUCAACCAAUGAGCCAGGGAGUUUUAGCCACAGUGAAAAGAUACUAUCGGGCAGGACUUAUGCAGAAAUACAUGGAGGAAGGAAUUGACCCCAAAACAUUUUGGAAGAACUUGACGGUGUUGGAUGCAAUUUUUGAAGUUUCAAGAGCUUGGAACAUGAUCAAAUCAAGCACCAUAACCAAAGCAUGGAAGAAACUCAUCCCUGCCAGUGAGGAAAAUGCAGGUGUGAACAUUGACGAAGGAGCCAUUUUAGCGGCUAACUUAGCGACAGUCCUGCAGAGCACCGAGGCCUGUGAACACGUGGACAUUGAGCAUAUCGAUCAGUGGUUUGAUUCUCGGAGGAAGGACUCCAGCCGUCAGGGGCUCCCUGACUGUGAACGGACUGAGCAGCCACCCAAAGCUGCCGGGAAGAGGCCUUCGGGGAAGAUGAGGAAAGCAGAACUCAACCCAGAGAGGCAUAUCAGCCACCGAGUCGCGCUGGAGUGGACUGAAAAUUUACUGGAUUAUCUGGAGCAGCAAGAUGACAUGCUUCUGUCUGACAAACUGGUGUUACGGAGGCUCCGGACUAUCAUCAGGAGAAAACAGAAAAUCCAAAGUACCAAAAGCCAUUCUUAGUGUUCUUUGUGUUUCGGGGGGUCUGCACCUGUGUGGCCUGCACAGACACUGACCUGGUGUGAGGUUGCUGUGGGUUGUGAGAGCAAACACAUUUUAUACAAAGAUUGUGGGGUCAGAUGUCAGUUGGAUUACUGUACAGUAGCUCUUUGAUAUCUCCCAUGACUGAACAUUGCCAUGCCUUGUCUCCCUGCUGUUUCUACUCUAUUAUGUUAAUUAGAUCAUCAAGUGCCAGAGACCAGGCACCUUGUGUCUGUUUUGUGCCUGAAUUUUAGCGUGUCCAAUUUAGGGUCGUGCACACUAUUGGCACUUAAUAAAUCUUACUUCAGUUGAAUUUGUA